AUGUUUGAACUUAAUGUUGUUGCUAAAACUAAAUAUUUAGUUACCAAAAGGUAACAUUUUACGGCAGAAACUGGUAAUAUUUCAGAUAAUAAUGAACACAAACAAAACAAUUUUAAUGGUUGAGGAUCGUCCAGAUUAAAUUAUUCAAACAAGGUUAACAUGAAUAAUCAAGGUUAAAUACAAAGAAAAACAAAUAGACAAAUUCAAUAAAACAAAAUAGUCCUAAUAAAAAAUUAUUAUAAUUGAAAGUAUUGUAUUAAGUUUGCAUUAGUAUAUUUCAGACAAUGCCUCUAUAAGACAAUCCUCGUAUGGAGUGGCAGGUGCCAUUAAGAAAAUGAAGACGGCCGCCCAGAGGAAGAAAACAUCAACCACUUUACCAAGUAGGCCUUCAAUACCUCCAAAUAAUGCAACAAUUAUAUCACCAGAUGGUGUUGAGGAGUUAACCAAUAGGAUAACAGAAAGGGUAGCUAGCCGAAUGGAAAGGAGGAUGGAAGAAAUUUUUGACAAGAUAACUUCAAAAGGAAAUAAUGGCAAUUCAGAUGUUCAGGAGGCUGAGGUCCAACAUCAUGUGGACACUCUGAACAGAAACAUCCAAGGGCUUGUGGGUCACAGCUCAUUACAUAUCGCAUACAGAAUAACAGUUCAUAUUAUAUGGAAACAGUGGACAAUUGGGAAAGAAAUUGCGACAAAGUGCUUUGCAGUGUAUAGGUGUGUUAACAGUACUACCUACACACACAAUGUUAUCAUACAAACUACAGGUUAUUAAGGGAUUAUAGAAAGCAUUAGACGACAAGAAAAGAUUGGUUAGAAAGGAAGCAGUGACUGCAAGAAAU